UAUCGGUGCCCCGCCCACCAGCCGAGCGUGUCUCCGCCCGCGUCCCGCCCAUUACCAAAUCGGGCAGUGUUUAUCACUGUACAAAUUCAAGCUCGGAUUUGUCUUAGAGUUUGGAAGUCGCGCCAGGACGGCAGGCGUUUCGGUAGAGGCAGGGAUGUGCGUGCUGGACUUCGGGUGCCGCGUGGGGAGCUCCAGGACGGGCUGUGGGAUAGGAAGGUGGGGAAAGGGUUGCAUAGUGACCCCGCUUUAGCUCUCGAUCUGGGUGUGCUGGAGCGAGCGCCGAGGCUGGAGAAGGAACUGGAUCCAAACUUGAGCUUGCUGGGGGCGCGCCGCCCCGGAGAGGUUGGGUGACCCCAGAGACUGUGGGCCCUGCGGGUUGCAAAGGCGCUGGCAUUGAGGUUUCUUCAUCCCAGGGUUGAAAGGUGUGCGCGAGUGAAAGCGAGCGGUCACGAAACGACAACGCCCCGCCCCUGCUGGCCAGUGGUUCACCCCCAGGACCUAGGCGGGCCGGGCUGCGCGCUGGACCCACGUUAAAGGAGUAGGGCCGCGGAGGGAGGCCCGAGGUGUCCCAGGGACUGGCCUGUCGCUUCCGCAGGCAGUGUCGGCACCCAGACCGGUUUUUCCACCAUUCCUGCAACUUCCUUUUUGAUAUUUUAAAUUUACUCGCUAAAUAGUCUACUUAUUCUAUGGGCUGGGUACCCGGGAACCCCAAACACACGGGUUAUUUCUGUUUUUCUCAUUUUGAAAAAGGAUGCCCGCCACCUUUCCUUGUUCAGAGGCUACGUGGGUACUUACAUCCCCAGCCGGGUGUGGCAGCAGCAGACACUCCCCGUACCGCUAUGAGUGCCCUCGGUGCCUCUCCCUCCUUCUUGGCCCACAUGUAGUGGCCAUUUCUACACCCACCUGCCAUCAUCCCCCUUCCCUCGUCUGUUUGACAUGCUCACACGAUUUACUCAAGGAGACGCCAGUUGUCCGAAUGCGUGUGCGUGCGUGUGAGAGUGUGUGUGUUUUAAUAUUCAGGGGGUGAUCAUAAACAGGAAGUAGUCAUACUAGGUACCCUCUACCCCUACCCUAAGGAGUGGAGUGCGGAAGAGAGGCCGCCUUGGAAAUCAGCAUGAUUCAGGAUUUUUUAUUCAAACAGUGACGUGGGAAAAUGUAAAAUGAGAUGGGGGUGGGUAGCGGUGUACACCCCAGGGGGGGUGGAUGCAGGGAGAGCAAGCAGGCUUCCCAAAUGCCUAAUGUAAUCACGGGCCAGCUGCAUGCACUUGUAAAGUUGUUAUAACCCCCUCCUUGUUAUAAACAGGAAAGCCCAGAAUAUAAAGCUGGAGACCCACAUUCACAAAUACCAGGCCUCCCGCGCCAGCUGCCACGGCCUCCUUUUAUGGUGUUCCUCCCUUGCAACCUUGGCCCCAUCAGGAGGACCUUACUUUUGCCCCCAGUUCUCUAAAUGGGUUUAUUUUGAAACCUUCCUCGGUGGAGCUGUGGACCAGGUGCUCUUCCCCAGGCCUCCAGUGCCCUAGGCCUUCCCUUCCAGAGAAGCUGGGCUCCCAGAGUCCAAUUUCCCUCCGAUUUCCAGAGAGUCCUGGAAGGGAGGGUGUGGGAGAGCAGGUCCCUAGAGAGUGCCACCUCCUAUUGGGUCCGCCACCUGUUUUUUCAGGGAGGGCUGAAUCCCUUUCUCAGCAAACACUCAGGCUUCUUAGACACCCUCCCUGCCCCGAUCUAAAAGGUUCCUAGGACCUCAGAAAGCAUUUUACUAGACUCGACGUUUUACAUCUCGACAUGUCCGGUUAAGCCUGGUAGAAGAAAAGGCCUUUUGUGGGAGGCCCUGGGGUUGUGGGGCUCCCCCAGGCCAGCGUAAAACUCACCCCUGCACACCCACCCCCAUCUCCACCUCUCUUUCCUGGCUCAGCAGACCCUGCUCCGAGCCACCGCGGUCUACAUCCUGCCUCACUGACUGUGUGUGCUUACAGCGUCAAGGGGUGGACGUGAUAUUUCAAACAUCAGAUCAGUGCGUUUAUAUAUUGGGUGCCCGGAAAUUUUUCCAAAUAAACACAGCUUGAUUCAACUUGGGUGGGCGGACUUAUCAACAGACUAAUUCUAUAAACAAAUGAAGGAAUAGCCCCAAAACCGAUUGGCUGGUAUCAAAAAGACACGUGGAGGGAAAAGCUUGGAGUUUUUCAGCAAUGAAAUUUUAAUUAAUGUGGGUGGGCUGAGAACACAAGGACUGUUUAUCAUAGACAAUUUAUUUUCCAGGGCUAAGUCAACAUAUAACAGCAAACUUACAACAAUUAUUUAACAUUUUUAAAGCCAUGAAGAAGGGACAGAGCACGGAGCGGCCGGGGAGAGCGGCAGAGCCAGAGGCAGAGGCACGGCUGGCUCCCCGGGAGGGCCCUUGCGGCGCGGGGCGCAGUGCCUAGGUCCCCCGGGUCGCCUACGUUGCGGGGAGCGCAGCGCAGGCUCUCGCUUGCCAUGAGCCACCUCUUCGAUCCCCGGCUGUCUGCCCUGGCAGCCUCACCCAUGCUGUAUCUGUACGGUCCCGAGAGACCCGGGCUGCCUCUGGCCUUCGCCCCCGCGGCUGCUCUGGCUGCCUCGGGCCGGGCCGACACCCCGCAGAAGCCUCCCUACAGCUACAUCGCGCUCAUCGCCAUGGCGAUCCAGGACGCGCCUGAGCAGAGGGUCACGCUCAACGGCAUCUACCAGUUCAUCAUGGACCGCUUCCCCUUCUACCACGACAACCGGCAGGGCUGGCAAAACAGCAUCCGCCACAACCUCUCGCUCAACGACUGCUUCGUCAAGGUGCCCCGCGAGAAAGGGCGGCCGGGCAAGGGCAGCUACUGGACGUUGGACCCCCGCUGCCUGGACAUGUUUGAGAACGGCAACUACCGGCGCCGGAAGAGGAAGCCCAAGCCGGGCCCCGGGGCCCCGGAGGCCAAGAGGCCCCGCGCCGAGACGCACGAGCGCAGCACGGAGGCGCAACCGGAGGCAGGGAGCGGGGCAGGGGGCUCGGGCCCCGCAAUCCCACGCCUGGAGGGAGCGCCUGUGGGCCCCUCGCCCCUCCUGGACGGCCCCUCUCCGCCGGCGCCCCUCCACUGGCCGGGGACCGCGUCCCCAGACGAGGACGCUGGUGACGCUGUCCAGGGCGCAGCGGCCGUGGCGGUCGGCCAGCCAGCGCGCACGGGGGACGGCCCGGGGUCCCCUCUGCGCCCCGCCUCCCGCAGCUCUCCGAAGAGCUCCGACAAGUCCAAGAGCUUCAGCAUAGACAGUAUCCUGGCGGGAAGGCAGGGCCAGAAGCCGCCUGCAGGGGACGAGCUUCUGGGGGGCGCCAAGCCCGGGCCCGGCGGCCGUCUGGGUGCCUCGCUCCUGGCCGCCUCCUCCAGCCUCCGUCCGCCUUUCAACGCUUCCCUGAUGCUCGACCCGCACGUCCAGGGCGGUUUUUACCAGCUCGGGAUCCCCUUCCUCUCCUAUUUCCCCCUGCAGCUUCCCGACACCGUGCUCCACUUCCAGUAAAGCAAACGAUGGCGCGGUUCUUCUCCCAGCCCGGCCUGCGCCUCCGCUGAGCGAAAGGCCACAGCUCCCACCUGCGGAGGAUUUUAAAAUUAUCUUUGCCUGGGACGGCCUGUGGACUCAGGGAAAUGUCACCAACCAUUGGCGCAGGUGGACGCUCUCGCCUGCCUUCUCCGAAGAAAACUUUUCCUAGCAACCUGGCGCAGCUACGGAGACUUAAAAGAUCCCUGCGGGGUCAUGGGCACCCGCGGGGACCUCUACCGCAGGAGAUUCCUUGACUUUUGGCCUGUUUAAUGGAGUGGUCUUCAGCGGCCCACCGCAGGUCCUGCGCGUCCCGGGCAUGCGAGGGCCCGCAGACUACCCAACACAGGCCUUACAGGUGCAGUGUGGUCCUUUCGACCGGGGACCCCCAUAGGACCGUCGCCUGCUUCGCUGUUGCUGUGUGGGUCCGGCCUUGGUUAUGAGCCCAUCUGGAUGUGGGGUGGUCACAGCUGGGUUUGUUCCCGCCUUGAAGUUGUGGAGGUGCCGGGGGUGACCCCGGGUUUUCAGGUUUUCUGGAAGAUGUAGGGCCUGAUUAGGAUUUAUGACCAAUGUUCAGGUAUAGAAGCUGAUAAACCACCCAGAGCAGUAACACUUUUAUUUUAAACAGAGAAGUUUUCUCUUAAUUUCUUUCUGGGUAGUAAAAGGAACAUGUUUUAUUAUUUGCAUAAAUACUUGACUCUAAGCAUUGACCUUUGAAAACGCGUGUAUUAACAACUUUUAUUAAGAAAGUGCACUCUAUAUAACAUCUUCUUGCAUUAUGAUAUCUCAUUAGCCAAUACACAUGCAGCUAUGUAACCCACAACAGCAGACGGCCUAUCCUUUUGCUUUUGUUUUUAAGGGAUCAAAAUAUUUCAAGGCAUACCAUGAGGAAGGGUGUGAGGGGGAGGGGAUAUGCCUCAGACAAUGUUGGAGUUUUGAUUUCCAUGGUUUUUCAAGAUCCAGGCUUGGUGGUCGCUAUAUUUUUCAGAAACAGAUAAUGAAGGACUACGUUUAAUUUAAAAAGUUGGGUGAAACAAGCAAAAGCAGACGCAGAGAGAGAGGGAUGAAUGCAGGAGAAGAAUAAGGGGAUGUGCUGGUAUCAGCUGGAAGGGGCCUCUCCAGGCCCCAGAGGACCUGAGGCUCCAUGGCAGGACACUCCCGGCCCGCACCCCCAGCAGCUUAAAGAGGUGACUGACAGUCUGGGGAGGGGAGCAGAGGUCUGCAACAAAAAUCUAAUUAAGAAUAUUGAGAUGUUCACAACCAAGUUAGGCUUGGAACUUCGGGGAAAUGCACCCAACGUCUAUGCCAUCUCUAGCUGGGUUAUCUUCGAGGUUGUGAAAUGCAAUUUUCUGAACCUCUAAGUCACUUAUUUUAUGUCAUGUGAUAAAGACACAAGUAGUCACGCAUUCUUGGAAAUAGGCUGGAAGGGAGGUCUUUAAGAUAGCUUUUAAAAUAGUUUCCGGGACUUCUCUAAAAAUGAUGACAAACUUUGAAUCCAGAGGGCCUGCUGGUCAAUGUGUUGGAAAGGACAUUUCAGGCCGGCAGAGUAAUUGGAUAAUUCAUAGGCAUAGAGGUGACUUUUGGAAAAUUCAUUCUCAUAUCCAUGUUGAACCAGGCUUCCAUGACUGGUUUCCACCCAGGCCAGUGGGAAGACUCUGGGAAACUGCAGCCCAGCCUUGAUUGGAAGAACUUCAGGAGGAACCAUUGCUGAGAUCCAGGCUCACUGUGUUUAACUGAAAAUGUGGUGGAAGGGCUGUCACUGGAUAUUUUGUUAUCCCAAAUUCUCAGCCUCUGUGAAUAAAGUUGUUUUUUCAUUAACCUCUCA